AUGGGCUGCUGCGUGCGAGCGCGCGUGCUCGCAAAAAGCGCGCCAACUGGCUGGCGUAGUGUGCACGACUAUGUGCGCACGCGCAGUGGCACAGGCGUGCUCGCCCGCCUGCCCCUGCGGGCUGGCGUCACGUUCGGCGCCGAGCAGAGUCGCGGCGAUCGUGCGCGGCAAGAGGACGCGUUGUCCGUCGCAUGCGUGUCGCUUCCAUGCGAGGAGCUGCGCAAGGAUCUCGUACAUCGGGCACCACACGGUGCCUCGCGCGACCCCUGGUUCGGCUGGAGCUGCGACCAGGCAGGUGGCGCUGACCUCGGCUCCCAGGUCGUCUGGUUUGGCGUGUUUGACGGGCACGGCGGGCCGUCCGUCUCGUCGCUCCUGGCUGACAAGCUGCACAGCGUGUUUGAGCGCGUGCAGCCUGAUAUGAUCACAGACACUGUACGCUAUACGCGCUCGCUGGGUGGCUACUUUGCGCGCUUUAACGGCGGCACGCUCGAGCGCUGGGUCGACCAGUCGCAGUGCGAGCGUGUCCGCACGCCUCCCUCCUCCCUCUCCGCGCUCACACAAGAGGCGCAAAAUGCAAGUCCGCCCCCCCUAGAGCACUUUCAGGCCCUCGACGAGUGCGGCGAUGCGCAUGCGACCUACACCACCCGCAUCCCGCCCCCUGAGACCCUGCACCGGGCCGACAUGACGAUGGAAGAUCGCGCCACACUGGCGUGCCUUAUGGUACGUGCGUGCUGCUCACAGCAGAUGGACCGCGAGGUGCAUGAGAACGAGGCGUACCGAGGCGCGGGCUCGACGGCGUCCGUGCUGCUCUUGCACAGCCUGGAUUUGCCGGCUGUGCCGUGGUACGAGAGCGAGUACCUUUCCACGACGACCAUCCAGCUAGGUGACACCCGGUUCCUGCUGUGCAGUGUAGACGACGGCCGUGCGGUGCCGCUCACGACGCUGCACCACCCCGACGACCGGGGCGAGGCGGAGCGCCUAAGCCGCCUGGGCGCCGGGAUUGUCACGGACAGCUUCGGCGAGCGGCGCUUCCUCGGGACGCUGGCAAACACGCGCGCCUUUGGCGACGUGCAGGCCAAGCGCUAUGGCGUCACGGCGGAGCCGGAGGUACACUCUCUCGUGCUGCGCGGCGCGCAGUUUGCCUUUGCGAUUGGCGUGAGCGAUGGCAUCAGCAGCGUCAUGAGCGAUCAGGAGAUCGUGGACGAGUGCCGCGACGCACGGCACCCCCAGGAGGCGGCGCAGCGGGUGCUGCGGUACGCCGAGGAUGUCGGCACCGACGACAACGCCACGGUCGUGGUCGUCCCGCUGCGUGGCUGGGGGCACAUUGGCGGCACAGACCGCACGCGCGCCAAGCGCGCGUCGCGUCGGACCAAUACAGACAUUUACCGCACACGGCGGCAGUAG